AUGGCGAGGGUGACCUUUUUGAGAAUUGUCCAUGGCGAGAUUCCCCUCUGUGCCCUGAUAAAUCAGCACUUUAGUGGACUUGCCAGGAAGUUUCCUGAUGUCAAAUUUAUCAAAGCCAUUUCAACCACCUGCAUACCCAACUAUCCUGAUAGGAAUCUGCCCACAGUAUUUGUGUACCUUGAAGGUGAUAUCAAGGCUCAAUUUAUUGGACCUCUGGCGUUUGGUGGCAUGAACCUGACAAUGGAUGAGUUGGAGUGGAAAUUGUCUGAGUCUGGAGCAAUCAAGACAAGCCUGGAGGAAAACCCUAAGAAACCCAUGGAAGAUGUGCUGCUUUCAUCUGUGCUGUGCUCCGUCCCUCCCAGGAGGGACAGUGAUUCCGAGGAUGACUAA